AAAAUGAUUUCUCAUUUGAAGAGGAAGGUUAUUUUGAUAAAUUAAAUGAUAACGAAGAAUGGGAAAAUUCUAAUUUUACUAAACAGUAUAAUCGCUUAAGACAACAAUUACAGCCCAAUAUCAUAAGAUCUGGAUCUACUACUACACAGAAUAUUACUAUUGCAGCACCUGUAAAAAAUCAAAAUAUAGCAAAUAUGCUAAUAGAAAUAGUCUUGGAAAUUAAUCCAGGAAAUUUAGCGAUUUCAGUUGCUAAUGAUAUUAAGAGGAAAAAUAAAAAAGCUCGGAGUCAUAAAGAUCGUUAUGUCACUGGUGAAUUCAGAUUUAGACAUGGAUAUAGUAAACAUAAUCCUCGUAAGAUGGUCAAAUUAUGGGCGGAAAAAGAAAUGAGAAAUUUGAAAAGAUUGUGGCAAUCAGGAAUACCUUGUCCUGAACCUCUUGUUUUGAGAUUACAUGUUUUGCUUAUGGGCUUUUUAGGAGAUAAAAAUGGAUG